UUGCAAUGCUUCUUGAUGGGCCAGCAGUGGAUACCUUGACUGUGGACGGAGUGGCUAGGUUGUAGAGGCAUCACAACUGCGUUUUCAGCGGCUGUUGCUACAUUUCUCCGGUACAUUAACAUUGUAGAUUUUAUUUAGCAAACGGAGAAGCUCUGAAAGCCACCAGAGUCAAAAUCAGCGGGACUGUCGCACAUUUGGGAAGGUUCACCAUCCGCUGUGUGUGCGACGCUUGAGGGACUGCAGGAACCAACUGCACCUUUUCUCCAGAAACUUCAUUUGCUUCUGCCAAUGAGCCGAAAUACCCGAAUGCCUUCAAGCUCCGUUUUUAAAAUUUGGUACCGCCGUCUCUGGACCUCCGAACCGGCGAACGGACUGUGUUGGAGCCGCCUCCUCCUUCGUAGGCUUCAGAGAGUCACCGCAGUGGACUUUGUUGGGAAGCUGUGGUGCCUUGCUUUCCACCCCAGCCUCCAGUGGAGGCGUCUAAGGACUUAUCUACUGACUGCAGGGUGUGUUUGGAGCUAAAAUGCAUUUUUCCAUACCCGAAACGGAGGUUCGUUCGGGUGAGAAUGGUUCAAGCUACGUGGCCUACAACAUCCACGUCAACGGCGUGCUGCACUGUCGGGUACGCUACAGCCAACUCCUCGGCCUCCAUGAACAGAUAAAAAAGGAAUAUGGCAGCAAUGUGGUACCUACCUUCCCCCCAAAGAAGAUCUUCACUCUGACCCCUGCUGAGGUGGAGCAGAGGCGAGAGCAGCUAGAGAAAUAUAUGCAGGCUGUUCGACAACAUCCUUUGCUGGGAGCCAGUGAGCUUUUUAACAGCUUCUUGAGGAAAGCACAGCAGGAGACGCAGCAGAUUCCCACAGAAGAUGCGGCUCUAGACAUCUGCCUGUCUAACAGUCAGAAGGUUACGGUCAACAUCCUGACUUCGGAUCAGACAGAGGACGUUCUCGAUGCUGCUGCUGUAAAGCUCGACCUUCCAGAUGACCUCGUGGGAUAUUUUAGUCUCUUCUUGGUACGAGAAGGGGCAGAUGGAAACUUAACAUUUGUCCGGAAGCUUCAGGACUUUGAGUUGCCUUAUGUAUCGAUUACCAGCCUGCAGAGCUCCGAUUAUCACAUAAUCUUACGGAAGAGCUACUGGGAUAUGGCGUAUGAUGGUGAUGUAAUGGACAACAGAGUUGGAUUGAAUUUGCUUUACGCCCAGACAUUGUCUGACAUCGAGCGAGGCUGGAUUCUCGUCAACAAAGACCAGCACAGGCAGCUAAAAUCACUGCAAGAGAAAGGCUCCAAGAAGGAAUUCAUCCAUCUUGGCCAGACCCUGAAAUAUUACGGCUACUUAAAGUUUGACCCAUGCAUCACAGACUUUCCCGAGAAGGGCUGCCAAGUCAUUGUCAGCGCCGGCAACAAUGAGCUCAAUUUCCAUGUUAAGCUGCCCAAUGAGCAGAUGAAGGAGGGAAGUUUCAAGGUCACGCGCAUGAGGUGCUGGCGAGUCACGUCGUCUCAAGUCCCUGUAUCAAAUGGUACGACUAAUCCCUGCAACUCGACAAAAUGUGAGGUGAAGCUGGAGCUCGCCUUUGAGUAUCUAAUGAGCAAGGAUCGCCUCCAGUGGGUCACCAUCACCAGCCAGCAGGCAAUCAUGAUGAGCACUUGCCUUCAGUCUAUGGUGGAUGAGUUGAUGGUGAAGAAGUCAGGUGGCAGUAUAAAGAAGAUGCUGAGAAGGCGACACAAUGGCUCCAUCCAUCGGUCUGACAGUCAGCAAGCUGUGAAAUCUCCCCCUCUACUGGACUCCCCUGAUCCGAGCCGAGAACAAAUUGUCAAGCUGUCAACCAAGCUGAAUUCGGUGUCUCUCAGAGCGAUCAGCGCAUCCAACUCUGCAAAUGAUAUCAGCGGCGACGACUUUCACGGCAACUACGCUUUCGAGGGAAUUGGCGAUGAUGACCUGUAACGCGCAAAUUGCCCUGCUUCCAUUCUUCACUUCACCAAUAACGACUAAAGCAACAAAGAUCACGAGCUGAACUGAGCCGAGCGAUCCACACAAGGCAUCCACGUCUGCAAGAUUGUAGCUUCUUCCAAGAGAACUUGCUGCCUUAAAGCUCCCAUUUACUCUUUCACCACCAUUUGCUCUUUUAGACUCUAAAAGGCUCGCCCCGAUUAGUUUUGUUAUAAUCAUUCCAUUAAGACUUUUUAAGUCAUAUUGAUUUUUACAUGAGGAAAACCUUUCAAGUGGCUGCAUGUUCCAUCUCCAACCAGAGCCAAAUGUUUGUUUGUUCGUGUAAUGUGCAGACCUGCCACUAGUGAUUAUAUCCCAGAACAGGGGGGGGGGGAAAUAUAGUGCUUGCAGUGAUCCAGCAAAUGUGUUAAAAUAUAUCUCACAACUACAGAAAAUCUAGACCAGCUGGUUCGCCAUAUAGAUCAGUGUUUGGCUUUUCAAACCAUGCUUCUAAAACGUUUCCUGCUACUCUUGUUCCAAGUUAGAAAAAAAAAUAAGUCCAGU